GCGAGCUCAAGGGCUGCAGAUCAGCGCUGCUUCAGGUGAUGAUGCGAAUCGCUCGUGAAAGAUAAUCGUUCUAUAAUCGAUAGUCCUCCAACUUCCCGACUAAAACAACAUCGGUUUGUUCCACGUUGAUUUGUUCCGUUUUUCGCUGUGUAACUCUGUCAUUCGGCAGUUUUUGGUAGGAUAGUAAACUUGUUUUGCGUAAUUAUUUGCUUGGAAAUGAACGUGCAUGAUUAGAAUUGACGUAAUCGACGGUUCUUCGAUGUAUCGUGGCUAAUAAGAAAGGCAAAACAGAUAUUUUGAAGUUUUUUCUCAGUUUUACUAGAUUUGAUCUGAAAUAAUCGGGAACAUGAUAUCCUGAAAUCAGACUGGACCUCUUUAGGUGUUUUAUUCUGUCAUAAAAUUUUCUUGAUAGAGCAAAAUAGCGUUAGUGUGUAUAUUUACCGGCAAAUUUGUCUAGGUCCGUCGAAGAGACAGGUGUGCAAUGAUGGCAGACACGGCCCUUCAGCUGGACAGAGUUGGAGAUAAUGGGAACACUAUGUCCAGGACACCGGUGUCCACCACCUUCUCCUCAUCGUCCCGGAAAGGAGCCACCGUGAGCUUCCACAAAAUCCACUACAGUGUGAAGAUGAAGAGUGGAUUCAUCUGCAAGAGGAAAAUCACGCGUAAAGAUAUUCUCAUCGACCUCAAUGGUCUCAUGAAACCAGGGCUGAACGCCAUAUUAGGAGCAACCGGGAGUGGAAAAUCAUCUUUCCUGGACGUUCUUGCAGCCCGUAAGGAUCCCGCAGGUCUUUCCGGCGAAGUUCUGAUAGACGGAGCGCCACAACCUCCAAACUUCAAAUGUCUGUCUGGUUAUGUAGUGCAGGAUGAUGUUGUCAUGGGGACGCUGACCGUUCGAGAGAAUCUGCGUUUCUCAGCUGCGCUGCGGCUCCCGAAGUCAAUCAGUCAACGAGAAAAAGAUGAAAAAGUGGAGAAACUCAUUCAAGAACUCGGCCUGAGCAAAGUAGCAGAUUCACGGGUGGGCACGCAGCUGAUUCGUGGGAUUUCGGGUGGAGAGAGGAAAAGGACGAAUAUCGGUAUGGAGCUGAUCAUCGAUCCGCCUGUGCUGUUCCUCGAUGAACCGACCACAGGACUGGACGCCAGCACGGCAAACUCUGUGCUCAUGCUGCUGAAACGGAUGGCAAACAAUGGUCGCACCAUCAUUCUGUCCAUCCACCAGCCACGGUACUCCAUCUACCGUCUGUUCGACAGUCUCACACUGCUGGUGGGAGGCAAACAGGUGUAUCACGGACCCGCUCAGAACGCCCUGGACUACUUCAGUGAGAUCGGAUACACCUGUGAAGCGCAUAAUAAUCCUGCUGAUUUCUUCCUGGAUGUCAUAAACGGAGACUCUACGGCUGUCGCUCUCAACAAAUUAAACCACAACGAUGCAGAACUGGACCAAGAACAGUUGAGUUCAUCUCUAAAGGGAAUCGAGGAUCGUUUAGUGGAGGAAUACAAGAAAAGCUCAGACUACAAACAGACUCAGAGCGAGCUGGAGAGAAUCGUUCAGGGUCAAGAUUACAGCACACGGCCCAAAUCCAGAACCAUCACGUACAACACGUCCUUCUGUCAUCAGUUCAAAUGGGUUCUGAAGAGAACCUUCCGGAACUUGAUGCUCAAUCCACAGACCUCAUUUGCUCAGAUCGGGGUGAUGAUUUUUCUGGCUCUGAUUGUUGGAGUGAUAUUUUUUGGAGUGCAACAGAAUUCAAGCGGCAUUCAGAAUAGGAUGGGCGCUCUGUUCUUCAUCACCACUAAUCAGUGCUUCAGUUCUGUUUCCUCGGCCGAACUUUUCAUCACAGAGAGGAAACUAUUUGUGCAUGAAUACAUCAGUGGGUAUUACAGAGUGUCUGUUUACUUCCUGUCUAAAAUCCUGUCGGACAUUCUGACUCUGCGUACAAUCCCCGGCAUCAUCUUCAGCUGUGUGGCGUACUGGAUGAUAGGACUGAAAGCGACGGCGGAAGCGUUCUUCAUCUUUCUGUUCUCCAUUAUUUUGGUGUCGUACACAGCGACGUCUAUGACCCUGGCCAUCUCUGCUGAUCAGACUGUGGUGGCCAUCGCAAACAUCUUCAUGACCAUCAGCUUUGUCUUCAUGAUGAUCUUCUCUGGGCUGCUAGUGAAUCUGCCGAGCGUCGUGGGGUGGUUAAACUGGUUGAAGUAUUUAAGUAUUCCUCGCUACGGUCUCGCUGCUCUGCAGAUUAAUGAGUUUACUGGACUGAGUUUCUGUAACUCCAGGAACACAAGCAUCACUGGACCUGUAGAAGUUUGUUCUUCAGGUGAGGACCUCUUGCAGGAUCAGGGCAUCGAUUACUCAGUGUGGGGUUUGUGGCAGAAUCAUUUGGCUCUGGGAAUCAUGACCUUCAUUUUCCUGGUUAUUGCUUAUCUGAAACUGCGCUUCAUCAAGAAAUUCACAUAAAUGUGUGAUCAGACUCUUCCACACACACUCCUGCUGUUGUAAUAUCUGCUAACAAUCCCUCCAUUUCAUAUGCAGUUAUUGUAUUUAAGGUAAAGAAUUUGAAACCGGCUAAAUUCAAAAUUGCAGUUGAAGAAGUGUGCAACUCUGAAUUUAGCUUCUCGACCAAUCAGCUUUUAUGGAAGUCAGUCAAAAAUGCUCCAAUCUUCCUGCAAAGAAACUAAAACAAGUGGCAUUAUUCCAAAAAUAUGCGCCAUGGUUUUAAAAUUCAGGUAAUCGAAGCAAAGAUUCGUAGCUGGACAAUAAGUAAAUGUUUAAGUUGAUAUUUUAAGCCUCAUACAGAACCUGUACGUUCUCAUGUUAAAGUUUGUGUCAGUGUCGUUCAGUUAUAUUCUAUACACACAGUAAAUUAAAUGGUUGCCAAUAUGGAGUCACUCCAGUUUAAGAACGUUGAGAAUUCUAGUUUUGUUUGCUGUAAAUAUGAACCAUUAUGCUUCUGCAAUGUUUCAUUUUCAUAUUUUGUUAAAUAAUGAAUGUGUAAUGCUGGAAAAAAAUUUAUGUUUGUUCUGUAAUUUUAUAUGAGACCAAAAUUUCAUAAAAACUAAUGUUU